AUGUCAGAAACCGAAACGUUCGCCUUUCAAGCUGAGAUCAACCAGCUUCUCAGUCUUAUUAUCAACACUUUCUACUCCAACAAGGAGAUCUUUCUCAGGGAACUUAUCAGUAACGCCUCUGAUGCCUUGGACAAGAUCCGUUUUGAGUCUUUGACAGACAAGAGCAAGCUCGAUGGGCAACCUGAGUUGUUCAUCCAUAUCAUUCCUGACAAGGCUAACAACUCUUUGACCAUUAUCGACAGUGGUAUUGGAAUGACCAAAGCUGAUUUGGUGAACAACUUGGGUACCAUUGCAAGGUCUGGUACCAAGGAAUUCAUGGAAGCUAUUGCUGCUGGUGCUGAUGUUAGCAUGAUUGGACAGUUUGGUGUUGGUUUUUACUCUGCUUAUCUUGUUGCUGAGAAGGUGAUUGUGACCACCAAGCAUAAUGAUGAUGAACAGUAUGUGUGGGAGUCUCAAGCUGGUGGGUCCUUCACUGUUACCAGGGAUACAUCUGGUGAGGUUCUUGGAAGGGGUACUAAGAUCACCCUAUACCUUAAGGAGGAUCAGCUUGAGUAUCUUGAGGAGCGCCGAUUGAAGGAUUUGGUUAAGAAGCAUUCUGAGUUUAUCAGUUACCCAAUUUCUCUAUGGAUUGAGAAGACUAUUGAGAAGGAGAUUUCUGAUGAUGAGGAUGAGGAGGAUAAGAAGGAUGAGGAGGGUAAAGUAGAGGAAGUUGAUGAAGAGAAGGAGAAAGAGGAGAAAAAGAAGAAGACCAUUAAGGAGGUGUCUCAUGAAUGGGAUUUGGUGAACAAGCAAAAGCCUAUUUGGAUGAGGAAGCCAGAAGAGAUUGGAAAGGAAGAAUACUCUGCUUUCUACAAGAGUCUUACAAAUGAUUGGGAAGAGCAUUUGGCUGUCAAGCACUUCUCUGUUGAGGGUCAGCUUGAGUUUAAGGCUGUUCUCUUUGUACCCAAGAGGGCACCCUUUGAUCUUUUUGACACCAAGAAGAAGCCCAACAACAUCAAGCUUUAUGUCCGUAGGGUCUUUAUCAUGGACAACUGUGAAGAGUUGAUUCCUGAGUAUCUUGCCUUUGUUAAGGGUAUUGUUGAUUCUGAGGAUCUUCCUCUUAACAUUUCAAGAGAGACAUUGCAGCAGAACAAGAUCUUGAAGGUUAUCCGCAAGAACUUGGUUAAAAAGUGCCUUGAACUUUUCUUUGAAAUUGCUGAGAACAAGGAGGAUUACAACAAGUUUUAUGAAGCUUUCUCUAAAAAUUUGAAGCUUGGUAUCCACGAGGAUUCCCAGAACAAGGGAAAGAUUGCUGAACUUUUAAGAUACCACUCCACCAAGAGCGGUGAUGAGCAGACCAGUCUCAAGGAUUACGUCACAAGGAUGAAGGAAGGCCAGAGUGACAUCUACUACAUUACUGGUGAAAGUAAGAAGGCUGUUGAGAACUCUCCAUUCUUGGAGAAGUUGAAGAAGAAGGGAUAUGAAGUUCUGUAUAUGGUUGAUGCUAUUGAUGAGUAUGCUGUUGGCCAACUCAAGGAAUUUGAGGGAAAGAAGUUGGUAUCUGCCACCAAGGAAGGUUUGAAACUUGAAGAAACUGAAGAUGAGAAGAAGAAACAGGAAGAAUCAAAGGAGAAGUUCGACAAUCUCUGCAAGGUGAUUAAGGAGGUUUUGGGUGACAAGGUUGAGAAGGUUAUUGUUUCUGACCGUGUUGUUGAUUCACCAUGCUGUCUUGUGACUGGUGAAUAUGGCUGGACUGCUAACAUGGAAAGGAUCAUGAAAGCUCAGGCUUUGAGAGACAGCAGCAUGGCUGGUUACAUGUCAAGCAAGAAAACAAUGGAGAUCAACCCAGAGAACUCCAUCAUGGAGGAGCUGAGGAAACGUGCUGAUGCUGACCGCAACGACAAGUCCGUGAAGGACCUUGUUCUCUUGCUCUUUGAGACUGCUCUCCUCACUUCUGGGUUCAGCCUUGACGAGCCAAACACCUUUGGAAACAGGAUCCACAGAAUGUUGAAGCUUGGAUUGAGCAUUGAUGAUGAUGCAGCUGAAGCUGAUGCUGAUAUGCCACCGUUGGAGGAAGCUGAUGCUGAUGCUGAGGGAUCCAAGAUGGAGGAGGUUGAUUAA